GGUCAUAAUAUACUAAUGCCCAGGAGUCAUCCAUUCUUACUAUUUUUUUGUCCUUCCCCUUUCUCUCAGAUUGUUGACUCCGCUUCAUCUCCAAGCUCGAGUCCAAGUACUAUUCCAAUCACGAUGAGACUUCAUCACGCCAGCUUUCUCCUUAGCGUUUCACGGGCAGGUGUCUCCUUCAAAAAAAAUGUCAGCGACAGCCCGGCAAUUAUUACGGACGUCACCCAUACCUUCUAUGGCUUUCCCGACAAUGAUCCCCCAGGAUCAACCAUUGCCUACGACUGUGGCCGCGGUGACAAAGCCAGCGGCACGGGCACAUACGACAAUCCACUGACUUUUGCAACGGCGCAGGAACCGUUCGACCUGUGCAAGGUCAUUUACGUGCCGUAUCCGCGCAAAUUUUGAUACACGAGGAUUUUUGCAAACAGUGCGAGAGUAACUGGCAACUGGAACAACAUAUCAUCUUGAUGUCUGGACGGGGACUGAUUCGUACAAUGGCGGAGCUGAUCAGGAGGAUUGUGAAUUCUCUCUGACGCCCGGGUUCCAAUCGCAGGUGGUGAUUCGCAACCCAAGCCCGCAGUUGGCGGUGGACAGUAAGCUUCUUCAGCUUCUUCUUCUUCUUCUUCUUCUUCUUCUUCCCUGACAAGUCAUACCUUACUACCUUUUGAUCCACGGAGGAGUAUAGUAGCGAGCUGGUCGAGUUUUGGC